CUAUAUCUCUUUUUACGUACAAUCCAAUUCAUAUAUAAAUACCCACAAAUGCACACAUUAUUUUUAUCUAUAUUUUUUAUAAUAUUCAAGAAAAGCCAAAAAAUAAAAGAUCCAAAUUUUAAACAUGGAAGAACCAUGCAGCAACGACGAGCAAGCCUACAAAGGAGUGAGGAAACGGAAAUGGGGGAAAUGGGUGUCGGAGAUCCGGGAGCCGGGGACGAAAACGAGGAUAUGGUUGGGGAGCUACGACACGCCGGAGAUGGCGGCGGCAGCCUACGACGUGGCGGCUUUCCACUUCAAGGGGCGGCACGUGCGGCUCAACUUCCCGGAGCUGGUGGAGGGUUUUCCUCAGCCGGCCAGUUCUCGGCCCGAGGACGUCAGACUGGCGGCUCAUGAGGCGGCGAUGAGGUUCAAGGUGACGCCGGCGGAGGAUGCGGCGACGGCGGACGUGCCGGCCGGUUUGGGCUCGAUUAGGGUAGGGCUGUCGGCGAGUGAGAUAGAGGCGAUAAACGAGACGCCGAUGGAUUCACCGAGCCAGGUGUGGAUGGAAGUUGGACUAGUAAUGAAUCGGGAUGACGAUGAUUGGGUGGAGAUGCAAAGUCAUUCCAUUUGGGAUUAUUGAUCUUCUUCCCUUUUUUUUCAACUCUCAUAUUCUUUUAUUUUUUUUUUUAAUUAUUUCGAGUGAACUUAUAAUUGUGAAUGUUUAAGGAAAUAAAUACGUAUGUACUACAUAAACAAGAACAUAAGGUAUAUAUUCAUGCUGCGUAUAUAUUCCGGUUGAUAUUUGAUAAGGCGAUGUGUUAUGCUUGGACAUUUUAAUUUAAUGUAUG